GCUAGAAGGCGUAUAUUUACCAACACACACUACCUGAAGGGUGGAAGAAAUGGGGUAAAGUUGUGUCGAGACGGAUCGAACGUCGCGGCGGUUAAACGAAGAUAACCUAGUGAUAUGAGAGAGACAGUAUGCCUGAUAAAGUAGACGAGAAUACGAGCAUGUGUGUGAGAGAAAGGAGUGAGGAGUAGAUUUGGUCGAAAGCGAGUACGUUGGCGAAGGAGGGAGUCGUUGUCCUCGGAGUCCUCGUUCACCGUCCACCGACCAGAGCAGCAGUGCUACGCGAAACGCGUACUUGAGCGUGUCGUUCUGUUGCUUCAUUUUAUUUUUUUAGUUUUUCAUUGUUGUUUUUGUUUAUACAGUUUAAAUAUUGUACAACAGUUACAUAGUGUCAGAAUAAUCAUCAAGGUGAACGUUUUGGAGAUACUCCAAAAAUCCAUGCAGCUGCUAAACACUGACAAAAAAACCGCUAGACAAUCAUCUAGUUGUUGAACUUAGGAUCAAACGCCUCGGAGCCCUCAAACAGGAAUGCAACUGAUAGAUAAUGUGGGCAGGAGGAUGAUAGCUAAGCUGAUAGGAAGAUAGCGUUAGUAGGACCUGAACCAGGAGCCAUGCGUGAUACGCUCCUGGAGGAGUUACACGGGCCCCGGGGACUAGUCGUGAUGAGAACGACAUGUCCGUGGGCCCUAGUAAUCCUUUGGCUCGUACUGGUAGACGCUUCCCCUUUACAUCCUGUUCCACCACAUGCAGGUAUUAUAAAACGUUCUUAUCUAGGAUAUUACGAACCAGUUUGGUAUGACACAUCUGUUUUGCGAGAACACAGAAAUCGUGUACGUCGAGAUACAUCAGAAGUCAAGUCUCAACCACUUGUUCUACGUCUUCAGGCUCUCGACAGAGAAUGGACGAUGCGGCUUGUCAGAGAUACGAAUGUUUUUGCUCAAGAUGCAGUUUUUGAAGGGACAAAUGGACCAAUUGCAUUUGACACUUCACACUCGUACGUCGGCACAAUUGCUGAAGACGAUGACGCUAUAGUAGAAGGUAUUGUCACAGAAGAUGGUCUUUUCGACGGUUCAGUGUCCAUGGCUUUUGAAGAAUAUUACUUUGAACCUACGAGUCGGUAUUUGGCGCGAGAAGGAGAUCCUGAAGAGAAGGAAAAUACAUCACCUACCUAUCAUACCAUAGCGUAUCGUGCUUCAGAUGUUGUGAGUCCUCCUCAACCUCAACGAUGUCCCAGCAAACAACUACAUGAGAAGAAUCUGCAAAAUUCAAUCUAUAGGAAAGUCAAUGAAUCAUUUGAACCGUUUUUCGAGCAAUUGCAAGACCAUGAAAUCCGUGAUCAUGGCGGAUAUUAUUUGAGAGAGAUUAAUAGAAGACAUGUCAGUAGAGGAGGAUUAAAUACUCAACUUGUGGACGGAAACAACAGAGAUCGAAUAACGAGACACCUGCACAAACGAGCAACUGUAGAUCCUCGAAAGACGACAUGUAUGCUCUAUCUUCAAGCAGAUCAUCAAUUCUUCGCAAGAUAUAAGACUGAGGAGGCUUGCAUAGAAGUAAUGACAAGACACGUACAGAGAGUAAAUUCUAUUUACAAGCGUACUGACUUUAAUCAAGAUGGAAGACCAGACAACAUUAGUUUUAUGAUAAAGCGAGUCAAAGUACAUAAUGCAAAUGCAGUAAAAGAUCCGCAUUAUCGAUUUCCAAAUAGUUACGGUGUUGAAAAAUUUCUCGAGCUUUUUUCAGAGGAAGAUUAUGAUGCUUUUUGUUUGGCCUACAUGUUCACCUACCGGGACUUUGAGAUGGGAACACUUGGUUUAGCAUGGACGGGAGAUUUAAAAAAUGCCGGAGGUGUUUGCGAAAAGAAUGGGCAUUAUCGAGGAAGCAUGAAAUCCUUAAAUACCGGAAUCGUAACUUUGUUAAAUUACGGCAAGCACGUUCCACCAGCUGUGUCUCAUGUUACUUUAGCACACGAAAUUGGCCAUAAUUUUGGCUCACCACACGAUCCGGAACAAUGCACACCAGGUGGAGAAGACGGAAAUUUUAUCAUGUUUGCUCGGGCCACUAGUGGUGAUAAACGAAAUAACAAUCGUUUUAGUCCAUGUAGCUUAAACGCCAUUAAUCCUGUAUUGAAUACAAAAGCACGUUCACCUAAGGGCUGUUUUACUGAACCACAGGCUUCUCUUUGUGGAAAUGGUGUGGUCGAGGAAGGAGAGGAGUGUGAUUGUGGUUGGGAAGAAGAUUGUCGUGAUUCUUGUUGCUUCCCUCAACGUCGUUAUCCUCCUGCUGAUGAAACACCUUGUACUUUAACACCAAGAGCCAUUUGCAGUCCUAGUCAAGGUCCUUGUUGUACUACUGAUUGUAAAUUGAAAUUCUCGGAUAAAUGUAGGGAAGACAACGGUUGUCGUGAUGCCAGUUUCUGUGAUGGAAGAUCACCGCAUUGUCCACCGUCAAUUAAUAAACCAAAUAAGACUAUUUGUAAUAGAGAACUAGUAUGUUUUAUGGGUGAAUGCACCGGUAGUAUUUGCUUAGCUUACGGCCUAGAAUCUUGCCAAUGUAUUCCAGGACCUAAUGAUCCCCCAACAAAAGCCUGUGAACUUUGUUGUCGGCUUCCAGGCGGAAAUCAACCAUGUUUAUCUUCAUUCGAUUGGAAUUCACCACCCUACGACAUUCCCGACAUGUUUUCAAAACCCGGUACACCAUGCAAUGAUUACAAUGGAUAUUGUGAUGUCUUUCAAAAAUGUAGAGAAGUUGAUCCGAGUGGACCUUUGGCAACUUUGAGAAAAUUACUUCUUUCAGAUGAAAGUCUGGCCACCUUCAAACGGUGGGUUAUUGAGCACUGGUAUGCAGUUGCUUUGCUCAUACUCGCAACAAUUUCAUUACUCGUGGCGACAAUCCGGUUCUUAGGAAAGAAAUCGAACCCGAAGCUCAAGUCGGUCACGAUAAUCCACAGCUCAACGACAGAAACAGUGAGAUUACCACCGGAGGGUGCGGAAGGAGUGACAGUCCACCCUCCUGCUGUGAGGGUGAAGCUUCCGUUAAAUCAAAAAGUGAGGGAGAAACGACGACAGAGCAAACCUAAGGAUCCAAUAGCCAAUAAUAUUGCUAACAAUGAAAGAACUACUAAAAUCUCAACUAUGAUGAGGAGAAGAAAUAAACAAGCAUCAGAUGUAAAGAAGAAAAAGAAAAAGAAGAAAAGAGUGGCUCCUAUUGUCGUUGAAGAACCAGGUCGAAGAAGAUUGGAAUCAACUACAAUUCCCGCUAUCGCCGAUCCAACGGUACCCUCAACUGCUGAUGAAACUCCGAAAAAGACUUCAGCCAAGGAGAACGUGAAGAAAAAAAAACGUAAAAAGAAAGAAGUCAUUGAUUACUCAAUGACACAAACCGAUGAGGAUAAUGAAGUCACUGCAAAUGAUAAUUCAGAUCCGAAAAGUAAAGUUAGAUCGUGGUUAUUGGCAUCACAAUGCCGAGUAGAACCAAGAAGUGUAGCUCUUCCAAAAAGUAAAUCAACUCCAGUCGGUUUAGCUAGUGCUUCUGCUGCAAAUGCAGCUCGUGCGGGUGUGUCGAACGCCAGAACUCGACCAAUAAAUUCUAGAAGAACAGCAGAUGCAAAGUCUCGUGGUGCCAUCGCUCGAAGUAAUGAGCCACGAAAUGAUCGCGUAAGAUUACAAAUUGUUUAUAAACCACCAUUUAAGUUUAGUGUUAAGCUCAGGAAGACAGACAAAAGUCUUCAGUCAACGAAUAAUCGCAACGCGAAAAAUAUUCAUCCAAGGACUGCGGUACUUGUCCGAGCUUCCAAUAAAAAAGAUAAACUCAGGAAAAAUCACCAGGCGACAACAUCCGGAGUUAACGCCACUAGUCGACCUAUUGAGUCUUCCAACGCUGCCAACUCGGAUCUCCAUACGGUCCCGUCAGAUCUCGAAGUUUUAUUAUCAGAAAGUGAAUUUUUAUUUUCUGAUGCGUGACAUAUGUCGAUCAUCCGUUUAUGGAUGAUGAAAUAAAUUGAACAAAUAUAGUGAAAGUUCUUCUAGGUACGUUUAUUAGGAUUAUCACUAGACUAUAAAAAAACUAAACGAAAAAGCCGAUCAUAGAAAGUAUAUAGAUGCUAGUCUUUCAUGAUUCGCGUUCUUGAGUAUUUUUUAUUCCUUACUGCCUCGUGUUCAGCCCUAUUUUAUAUUUUUAUUCGUCCAGUCGAUUGUCUUCUAUCCUCGAUGAUAAAGAAUUUUAUUGCCAGAAUAAUUUUGAUAAUUUUACAACAUAUAAACGAAGGUGGAGAAUAUCAAUAAUAAAAAAUACUCACUUGUAUGUAUAUACACGGAUAACUGUGAUUAUUAUCAUUAUCAUUAUAAUUAAUAUGAUUAUUGUUAUAUUUUGUUGUUUCUUUGAACGUGGUCGUGUUCCGAGGCAAUUGAUCCGUCGUCUUCCUAGUUCCGGCACGUGCAUAAGUGUGUCUUGACGAUCCUCGUGCACGAUCGCAUCAGACGGGAACAAGUAUAGAUAGUUGAAAUUUUAAUAUCAAUAUAUAUAUGCAGUCGUGAACGACGUUGAAAUUCAUUUAAAGCGUUGUUAUUUAUUGUGAUAUGUGCUAAUGCGAGAUACAAAUGCACUGCCGAUGAUAUACAUAUUAUACAUACCUGACAUUAUUCCUUUGUCUCUUCACUGGAGUUGUAGUUUUCUAAUUAAAAUGUUUCAUUUAAUUUAUCAAUCAAAUCCUGUCGGACAUGUCAAUUACAUUUGUCCACUCUUACAGUUCCUCUCGCUAUAACUGUACUUACAGUUUUAUCAAACUGAUGAAAUCAAGACUAAAAUUAAGCGUAUUUAAUGAUACUAUUAUUGAUAAUGACAUAUUUUUACUGUUGAAUGGUCAAUGUACAUAUUUGCAAAGCUUUAUAUAUUAAAUAUAAAUCAUGCUAAAAAUUGUAUUUAGAUAAUUGUAUUGACACUCACAUAAUGAAUUGCUUGUUGUUGUCAAACUCGUCCAUGAUUCAAUAUGAAACAGGAAAACAAAAAUGUCAAAUUCAAACAAAUGUAUGAUUGCAAUAAAUGAAAAAAACAGAUGAUAAAUUUCGAUGCUAUUGAUCCACAUUUUCUCAUGUACAAGAAUUGGUCAGCUGUAUUUUUUCACGGGCUUUGUAUAAAUGAUGAUUAUUAAAAAUAUUAAUGAAAGGCUGUAUUCUUUUUCUGUACAUAAAUAAAUAAAUAAAAUAUGUAUGUAUUAAUAAAUAA